AUGGACGUGCCCGCCGCCCUCCUCCUCCUGCUCCCGGCCCUCCUCGCGUUCUUCUCAGUCUCCGUCAACGUCGCCGCGGGGCAAUCACCACCAUCCUCGCCACCUUCGCCGUUCCGGACGGUGUACGCGUUCGGCGACUCGUUCACGGACACGGGCAACACGCACUCCACGACGGGCCCCUUCUCCUUCGGCUACGUCUCCCACCCGCCCUACGGCACCACCUUCUUCCACCGCCCCACCAACCGCUACUCCGACGGCCGCCUCGUCGUCGACUUCCUCGCCGCCGACGCCCUCCGCCUCCCCUCCUUCCUGCCGCCCUACCUCUCCUCCAGCUCCGCCGCCGCCAACGCCUCCAGCGGCAACUCAGUUAACUUCGCGGUGGCCGGCGCGACGGCGAUCGAGCACGAGUGGUUCGUCAAGAACAACCUCAGCUUCGACGUCACGCCGCAUUCCAUCAUGACGGAGCUCGGCUGGUUCGACGUGCACCUCAAGGCGCGGCGGAUCGCCCAGAAGGACGUGGGCGAGGCGCUGUUCUGGGUGGGGGAGAUCGGGGCCAACGACUACGCCUACAGCUUGAUCAUGGCGGCAGACGCAAUCCCGCGCAAGGUCAUCCGGACCAUGGCCAUCGACAGGGUCACCACCUUCCUCGAGGGGCUGCUGAAGAGAGGUGCCAAGUACAUAGCCGUCCAGGGGCUGCCGCUCACGGGCUGCCUGACGAUGGCCAUGGCGCUGGCGCGGCCGGACGACCGGGACGACCUCGGCUGCGUCGCCUCCGUCAACGCGGUGAGCCUGGCCCACAACCGCCUCCUCCAGGCCAGCCUCCGCCGGCUCCGGCAGAAGCACCCCGGCACCGUCAUCGCCUUCGCCGACUACCACGCCGCCCACCUCGCCGUCGUCAAGAGCCCUGCGACGUACGGCUUCGCGGAGCGCUUCAAGGCCUGCUGCGGCGCGGGUGGCGGCGACUACAACUUCAAGAUCCUCUCCACCUGCGGCUCGCCGGAGGUCAGCAGCGCGUGCGCGCAGCCGGCCAGGUAUGUCAACUGGGACGGGGUGCACAUGACCGAGGCCAUGUACAAGGUCGUCGCCGGCAUGUUCUUCCAGGAUGGCUCCGGGAAGUACUUCCGGCCGACGUUCAGCUCCUUGCUGGCCAGGAAAGCCCAUGGCAACUGA